UCUGCCGGUUGAGUUUGUUAUUGAAAACAAUCAAAAAUGCUAAACCUGAGAAUCCUUAGCCCUUCGGUUAGAAAGUCCUGUGCCAGGCAUAUCUCCGCCCUUUACAUAACUGGCGACAAAGCGAACGAGAAUUUUGUGACCCUGCAGCCGUACCUGGACUUCGAGGGAACCUUCGGUGGACGAGAGUUUUUGGAGAAGAGCAUUGCUAGUAGGGGCCUCAAUAUCAACCUGGAAACUGUGCUUAAUAAGUACCAAAAGUAUCAGGCGCAUCACGAGCAAUUGAAAAAGGUUUCUGAGGAUCGAGAAUCAGUCACCAAACGAUUAAAGGAGCUAUCCAAAGCUGGAGGCAAUGUUGAUCAGCUCGAACAGCUCAAAGAACGUGGAAAAUCAUUGCGCAACGACUUAAAGAAUCUGAAGAAGGCCCUUUACCCAAUUGAAGAUGACUUUAUCCAUGACUUUCUGCAUUUACCUAACCGGUUGCAUGAACUUUGUCCCACAGAAGGCGAAGAGAAGCUGCUCUACCGUCACCAUGUUCCCAAUUCCAAAAUGGAUGCGCCCUCUCACAUGGCGAACAAGGAACUCAUACACUUUGUGGACAAUAAUCGGUAUUACAUGAUGGAACAGGCGGCCCACUUUGAUGUUAAUGCUAUGCAAUCUUUGGCACGGUAUUUUGUCACCAAGGGAGACUUCAUUCAAACCGCUAACCCUGAUUUUGUGCGUUGUGUACUGUUGGAGGCAAAUGCCACUUCAAUGGAUGACUACCACAUGGUGCGCGAGGAGCACUUGCAAAACAAAAUUAAUACAGCUUACUUGACAGGGGGAUCUGCCUUUGAGAGCUAUUUGGGCGCCAUGACCAAGCUGUGCGUAUAUCCUUCGGUGCUGCCCCUGCGAUAUGUCUGCUGUGGGCGAAGCUAUAAUCGAGCGGAAGCCAAAUUAAAUGGACCAACUCCCAGUCUCUAUACAGCGACCCAAUCGAACGCUGUCCAAAGCUUUGUGGCGACACAAAGUGGCAGUGACGCGGAUUCCCAAUUAGAACAUAUUCUCAACCUAGCAGUGGACUUCUACAAAGCUAUAGAUGUACCAUUUCGGGUUGUUUACGUGCCAGCUAAAAAUCUAACACCUUCGGAAAGUCUUCGCGCAGUUGUUGAGGUAUACGCACCGUCUUUGAAACGAUAUGUUUGUGUGGGAAGAAUAAGCAAUUACGGAGAUUUUGUGUCCAAGCGAAUCCUCUUCAGUACUCGGCGGGAAAAACACUACGAUUUUCUGCAUUUGGUCGGCGGACCAGUCUUGUACACCUCAAGGCUGAUAGCAGCUCUCUUGGAACAUAACAUCAACCUGGAAGACUGUAAACUGCUGGGCUCUGCCAGACAAACACCCACCAUGCAGCAAAGUGUUCAGCAAUUUAGGGACCUCUUUAAAUAAAUACAAAACUUUGUUCCUGUUUCUUGUUUGUUUUCGUUCUUAAGUCU